AUGGUGCAACAGUGUACUCCUAUAAAUGUCACUGCUCAUGUGAGACCAAAUGCUAAAUUUAGUGGUGUUACUGAAGAUAUUGUAGAUCUCGCAUGGAACCUGUCAAAGGAAGAUUACCUGCUUGUGGUAGCUGGAACUAAUGACGCUGGUCAUACAAAGGUAAAACAUAUCUUGGAUGAUGUUCGCACCUACUACAUAGCUCGUUUUGAGUUGACCUGCAGAGUUAAGGGACUGGGCGGUGCUAACACAGAAGAACAAGCGGCUCGGCGAGAUCUUCUAUUGGCAAAUGUCGGAGAGGAGCACCUCAGGGCACUGUCGGACCAGAUGUAUCCAAGGGCCUGGGAGGAGUGCACCUACGACGAAGUCAAGGAGGAAGCCAACCGGUUGUUCAAGCCUACAAGGACCCUUUUUGCGACAAGGUUUGAGUUUGAAAGAGCAAUAAGAAAAGAUGGUGAGACAUUUAUUUUGUUUUAUAACAGAUUGAAGUCUUUAGCUAGAAGUUGUAAAUAUGGAGAUAGCUUAGAUGAACGAGUACGAGAUAGGUUUGCAGUAGGAAGCAACUGUCCAGAAUUUGAAGUCGAAGUCAGACAAAGAUGGCCCGAGGGAGUUAAUAACCGAGGUGAGCUUGUUAAGUCAACAGUAGUACUAGAGUUAGCUCAAUCUAUGGAACGCGCGAGAGAAGAAGUUUCCAAACAUUCGUGUAAAAAUGAGAUUUUUAAAGUAAGUGACAGUAAGGAAAAGAGGAAACCAGAGGUAAAUAAAUCUACUGGUUUCAAUAGGUGUUAUAGAUGUGGGUUUACACAUGACCCAAGUGAAGAUAGGUGUCCUGCUGUUUCUGCUGUGUGCAAGAAAUGUACAAAGAGAGGCCACUUCGCAAGAAUGUGUAAAAGUAAAAAUAACUUUUUCAAGAGAACAGAUGGUAAUUUGAGAAAAGUAGAUGGUUCUUGUGAUCAAACUUACGAUGAUGAAUGUAAUUCUGAUAUUGAUGUUAGCGGAACACAAAUUAGGUCAGUCAAGAGUAAGGUUCCGAGAGCUACAAUAGAUGUAGAAUUGAACGGGUAUAAUGUUAGAAUGGAGUUUGAUUCCGGGGCUCGGGUAAGUGCUAUAAGUUUGUCUCUUUGGGAUAAGAUCAAUUCAAGUGGCGAAUCUCUAAAAAAGACGUCUGAUGUCAUCACUGGCUAUGGGAAAAAUAAGCUAGAAGUCAUGGGCAAGGCUUUUGUGGACGUUACUUUACGUAAUCGUACUAAGCGAUUGCCAGUUAUUGUAUUACUAGAAGAUGAUGUUCCAUUAUUUGGGUUGCCGUGGAGUGUAGCUUUCAAUCUUAAUUUGCCUAGGGAAGUAAGGGUUAGGCGUAUUGAUAAUGGAAAGACAAAUAGUAAAGAGACCGGCAAGAAUGAAGAAAGUUAUAGAAAAGAGUUACAAAAAGAAGUUGAGGCAUUAACUCAGGAGUUUUCUGAACUCUUUCGUGAUGAGCUAGGAACGAUAUCUGACUCUAAUGAAGUUAUCCAUCUAAAAAGUGAAACAAAACCUGUAUCGUACGGGGCAAGACGAGUUCCAUUCCCCUUAAGGGAGGCAGUGGAAAGAGAAUUACAGCGAUUAGUACAGGAAGGAGUUUUGGAAGCAGUGGACCCUUCCGAAACACCGAUAGAAUGGAGUACCCCAACAGUCAACGUAGACAAGGGUGGAGGUAGAGUCAGAAUCUGUGGCGAUUUUCGUACAACCUUGAAUCCAAACAUCGUUCCGGAGAGACACCUCUUGCCAACCUUUGAUGACUUGACUUCUAAAUUAACUGAUGGAAAGAUAUUUUCAGUCAUAGAUCUUCGAGACGCGUACUUGCAAAUGAAAGUACAUCCUGAGUCACAAAAGUAUCUUACGAUAGCAACUCAUGUUGGCUACUUUCGCUACAAAAGGUUGCCUUUUGGGCUUUCCUCAAGUCCAGCAAAAUUUCAAAGGUACAUGGAAAGUUUACUAAAAGGACUUAAUGUCGGAGUUCUACUGGAUGAUAUAAUCAUUUCUAGUAAGGAUAAGACCACCCAUAUAACCACUCUUAGAGAAGUUUUGAGACGGCUAGAAUCAAGUGGAAUAAGAGCAAAACUGUCAAAAUGUAAGUUCUUUCAGAAAUCUGUAAAGUAUUUAGGCCAUACAAUAGAUGGGAAUGGUAUUCAUCCCUCCGAAGACAAAGUUGAAACCAUAAGACACGCACCAAGGCCAAGAAACGUGAAAGAAUUGCGAGCCUUUCUAGGGGCACUAAAUUUUUACGAUAGGUACAUACCUAAUCUGCAUGCGAUCGCUUCGAACUUGCAUAAGCUGACUGGUACGAAGACUAAAUGGAAAUGGACUGACACCGAACAAACUACGUUCGACAAGUUAAAGAAUAUCCUGUCAUUAGAGAAGACAUUAGUCCCAUACGACAUAUCAAAGCCGAUCAUUGUUGAAUGUGAUGCUUCUGAACAAGGUGUUGGUUCAGUGCUGUUACAUUUGAUGCCGGAUGGAACAGAAAGGCCAGUCAUGUACGCCUCAAGGACACUAACGGAAGCAGAAAAAAGGUAUGCUACAGUUGACAAGGAAGCACUGGCGUUAGUUUUUGCCGUGAAGAAGUUUAGACAAUACCUCAGUGGAAGACAUUUCAAGGUGAGGACGGACCACAAGCCACUUGAAAGAAUAUUUGGAAUGCAUCGAGAUCUUACCAAAGUAGUAAACAACCGUUUGGUUCGUUGGGCUUUGUAUUUAAUGGAGUACGAUUUUGAGAUCCAGUACAUCAAGGGACAGGAUAAUUGUUUGGCUGAUUUUUUAUCUCGGUUUUCACUCAAGACACAAGAAGUAUUGGAUCCAGAUGAGAGAGAGAUUCGAGCAUUGGUUCAGGAGAAAAUUGACGUAGUUUAUCCAAAUCAUGAACUUGUACUGGAGUAUAAGAAAGAUCCAAAUAUGAAGAAACUUAUAGACUACCUGGAACAUGGUUGGCCAAAAGAUACAGGAAACUUACCACCAUCCAUGAAACCAUAUUGGAAUAAGAGAGAAGAGCUGACAUUAGAAAACGGCAUAAUCAUGCGAUUAGGAAGAAUUGUAGUGCCACAGAUUUUGAGAGAAAAUGUAUUGAAAGAACUCCACAAAGGACAUCCUGGAAUAGAGGCAAUGAGAUCCCUAUCAAGGUAUUAUGUUUGGUGGCCUAAUCUGAAUAAGGAUGUUGAGGUUUAUGUCCGUAGAUGCCACCCUUGCCAGAGUAACCGAUCAUUUGACACAGAAGUACCUCUAUAUCCUUGGAAUGUGCCAAGUGAUCCAUGGGAGCGAAUUCAUCUUGACUUCGCAGGUCCAUUCGACAACCGAUUCUGGUUAGUAGGAAUCGAUGCGUACUCAAAAUGGGUUGAGAUCGAAGUUAUGGACCGUACGACAACUGCUGCUCUUGUAAAUAGAUUAAGGACUUGGUUUUCGAGGUAUGGUGUUCCUAAAAAAAUUGUAUCGGAUAAUGGCACCCCCUUCACAUCUCAUGAGUUUAAGAGUUUUUGUAAGGACAAUAACAUAUGUCAUGUUACAUCUGCGCCGUAUCAUCCAAAAACCAAUGGUUUAGUGGAGAGGAUUAUCAGAACCUUCAAGAGUCGAUAUAGUGCUUGCAAACAAGAAGGUCUCAGUUCAUCACUUGCACUUUUACAAGUGUUGCUUGCUUAUCGAAAUACCCCACAAAAGACCACAGGACAACCACCAUCAGUCCUUUUCUAUGGUAGAAGAUUACCAACAGCUUUGGACAGGUGGAGGUAUAAUAGCAGAGAGAGAAUAGAAAAUCAAGUGUGGCGACAGAAGUACUAUCACGACUUAAAAUCCAAACAAAAGGAGUUUUCUGCCAAACAAGAAGUGUGGGUUCAAAAUGAAACGAAGAAGGGCUGGAGACCAGGAACCGUACAAGAAAGGACGGGAGAGCUAUCAUACACCGUUUUAGUAGGGGGAGAUAUAAAGAGAAAACACGCUGACCAGCUGAGAGCAAGAGAAGGUGCAACUGAUCCACCUCAAUGGAAAAUAAAAUGCAAAUGGAACCUGAAACUGAUGAUGUACAUAGUUUCGAUAACUCAGCCUAAAUUGGGUGGGGAGAAAUGUGCACUAGAAACCACCAAAACCAGUGAGUUUAUUCAAGUCAUUGAAGGUGACAUGGGGAAGAUUUUUCAGGAAAAGGAAAAAGAUAAUGCAACGGCUUAUGCCCAUUGCAUCUCUGCAGACUUUGGAGAAUGCAAACAUAUGAGUCAAGGUGUUGCAACAGUGUUCGCAGAGCACCCUGGAAAGCCUACCACCGCUGACCUCAUCACAACUCACCUAACCUGCCAAGAGACGGACGGAGCAAAAAUACAGGUUAUAACACACAAUGAAGAAACAAACAGAAGACUAAGAAGAGGCAUUUCACAUCAAACCUUUAUUGUCCGGCUGAAGAACACUAUCAACCUGAUGACAGCUCACGAACAACCCCGAACCACUGAUUCACCACUUCCACAGACUGAUCCUCAGAGCAAAACAUCACAUGUCGAGACCUCCACAGAAUCCAUAGACAGUGCUGAUUCAACAAUCAACAGUAAUUAUCCUAGCCCCAGUGACAACUCAAAAAAUCUGACAGUAGGAGUGACAGCUAGACCAAAGGUAAGACCAGUUACCUCUCCGGACAACUCAACUGCGACUGACAAAGAGCUUCUUCCGACUACGAUGUUUGUAAUUUUAUAUUGUGUCUACCCAAAGUAUCGUAAACGCUUCAUAUCAUAUCCCUGA